AUGGAGCGCGUCAAGAUCAAGAGCUCUUCCUUUACUGUCCCCCCGUUUGGUCCACCUACGCUCACCCAGCGUCCGCAUUAUCAUCAUCUGAGGCUACGUAUCCCUCCAGCCCCCUCUUGUUUCAAUCGCGCCUACACCAGCCGUCCGCGGAUGCAUCAUGACGCCCGCUGCGCGGGCUCGCUCAUCCACGGCCAUGCGAGGGACGUACCCCACCGCGUAGAUCAGGAGUCCGGCGCUCGUCGACGGCGGUGA